CGGCGCCCCGAGGUACGCGCAGCUGCGGCGGCGCCGCGCUCGCUCGCUCGCUCGCUUCCGGCGCGGGGUGGCGUUGUCUGCGAGCUGCUGCUCCAGCGCUUGGUGUCAGGGGGCUGGUCCCCGCGCUCCCCAGCUCCUGCGCCUCGUUGUCCGAGCGUUUCAGCGAAGGUCGACCAGACAUGAGCGGCAAAGAAGGAUCAGGAGGGUUCAGGAAGAGGAAGCAUGACAACUUCCCGCAUAACCAAAGAAGAGAGGGGAAGGAUGUUAAUUCAUCUUCUCCCGUGAUGUUGGCCUUCAAAUCCUUCCAGCAGGAGCUGGAUGCGAGACAUGACAAAUACGAGAGGCUUGUGAAGCUCAGCCGGGAUAUAACUGUGGAAAGUAAAAGGACAAUUUUUCUCCUCCAUAGGAUUACAAGUGCACCUGAUAUGGAAGAAAUAUUGACCGAAUCAGAAAUUAAAUUGGAUGGCGUCAGACAAAAAAUAUUACAGGUAGCCCAAGAGCUGUCAGGAGAAGACAUGCAUCAGUUCCACCGAGCCAUUACGACGGGACUGCAGGAGUAUGUAGAAGCUGUCUCUUUUCAACAUUUCAUCAAAACACGAUCAUUAAUCAGCAUGGAUGAAAUUAAUAAACAGUUAAUAUUUACAACAGAAGACAGUGGAAAAGAAAACAAGACUCCCUCCUCUGAUGCACAGGAAAAGCAGCUGCUCACUUGGAGCCUGAGAAUCACGCCUGUUGAUUACCUCCGAGUGGCUGAUUUAACUGGAGAAUUGAUGCGGAUGUGUAUUAACAGUGUGGGGAAUGGGGACAUUGACACACCCUUUGAAGUCAGCCAGUUUUUACGUCAGGUUUAUGAUGGGUUCUCAUUCAUUGGCAACACAGGGCCUUAUGAAGUUUCUAAGAAGCUGUACACCUUGAAACAGAGCCUGGCCAAAGUGGAGAAUGCUUGUUAUGCCCUGAAAGUCCGGGGUUCAGAAAUUCCAAAACACAUGCUGGCAGAUGUGUUUUCAGUUAAAACAGAAAUGAUUGAGCAGGAAGAGGGCAUUUCUUAGAAUAGUACCACACAGCUAUUUGCUUAAAAAUUCCUGAGAGAGACCAGUUUGUAAGACUGUUAUUCAGUGUUUUAUUUGUUUUUAUUGUGGUUUUUUCAUAGAAAUGUUUUCAAUUGUACUUGUUUUAAAUUGUAAACAAGCUGUAUAUAAAAUGUUCCAAAUGAAUAAUUUCUUAUUCAUGAAAAUUUGCACACAACCGUUCACAUAUAUGUUAAUUUGAACUUUUGUUGCCUAACCUUUAUCAUUUACUGUGUUGUGUGACCAUGCUUUGGAUUGCACAUUCUGCCAUAUGUAUUUCAAUUUACUUUGUGUGAGUUUUAUAGUGAUGCUUUUUAGUGGAAUCCAUUGAAGUUGGUAAUUUUGUUAUAUAUAGAAAAGAUUUCUUAAACUGCAGGGCUUAAACUUUCCUGUUUAAAUUUCUUCGUUAUUGUGCUAAGCCUUCAAAAUAGGUUUACUCCAUGGAGCAUUUAAAAUUAGUAUUUUAAAAUAUUAUAGUAAGAAUUAAUAUAAAAUCCUGGCAAAUUUUGAGCUGUUUUAACUUAUAUGAAACAGCCUUGCAGAAGAAUUGACAUACAUCAUUUACAACAUUUAUUUUUGUCCUUUAUCACAGAAGAUCUGAUGGUAAUUGGCACUAACAGUGUAAUAUUUUCACUUGGUAAAACUGAGUUAAAUUGUGUAUUUGUACAUACAACUGAAAGACUUUUCAGUAGUGGUAAUUUUUUUGGUAAAUCUUUUUGGUGAUUAUAUUAGGCAUGACUGAAGGCUUUCCUAUUCUAACAUCUAUUAGAAGUUACAUUUAAAUAAUUAUGCAAUUUUGAAAUACUAAGCUAAUCAAACCCUUAUAAUUAUCCCAUAGUGUUAAUUGAUAAAGUUGCCAAAGAAAAUGCAUUGUGUACAAUUCAGCAAUAAGACAAUGUAGUUUUUAGAAACCCUUGGAAUUGGGAUUUGCCUCCUGAUGUUAGUCAUGGAUCAUCACUUGUGGUGUGAAGCAGCGUGAGUGUGAUGUGACUAGCUGACAGCCAGACAUUUCUAAUUGGUUUUAUGAGUCCUGAGAAUUCAGAUACUGAAUUUUAUUUUUUGAAAGAUUAUCUCUGUUUGUAAGGGCUGAUUCUUUGAAAAAUGUACAUUUUCAAGAAAUAUCAUCUAAAAGACAAUAAAACAUAGACAUGCCUGAUAGAAGAUUGGUUGGUGGGAUUUUUUGGUGAUGGUGAGUUUUUCAGUUUGCAUAUCACUAUACUCUUGAACUAUAAUCAGUCCCAUUACAUAUAUUUUGUUUCUUCUACCACUUGAAGUUAAAUUUUAUAAUGUUAAAGUAAUAAUGGGUUGAUGUUUUACAAACAUUUAAAGCAACUCUUUCGAAUAAAAUAUUAAAA